AAGUAGAACGGAGUAGAAGCUUAGCCUUAAUUGCAUCGAGGAGGCGAAGGAUGGCUACGUCAGGGGCAAUUGCUGGUUCAAGUGGACGGAGAAUUGACAGGUCGCCACCAACAGGGUCGGAAGUGCCAGAGUCUGAAGACCAAAGGAUGAAGCAGCUCAUUGCGAAGUGCUAUGAGGACGGCAUCUUCCCGACGGAACUGAGACAAGGCAAAUUCAUUACGGAGAACGGAGAGCGCAUAUUCGUGGUGGAUGACCGAAUUGGUGAGCUAACUACUAAGUGGCUCAAGGAGCGCACUGUAACGAUAAUCUUCCAGGGUGAGGCUCGCUCUCUACCAGCCAAGAUAAUGGAGAAUCUCGUUCGAGCCUACGAAAACGGAUGGACGAGAUCGAGGACAUUCUCAAGGCAAGUCAAACCAGGGAGAGUGCACUCGGAGGGUCCUAACGUUAUGUCAUAUGUCGUCGCCAUGCAGCAGAAGGUGGCAGAUUGGAUGAUUCGGAAGGCGGAAGACAAAGUUAUUAUUAGAGGAAUUGAAUACAAAAUGCUAUUUAAACCAUGGCUGACGCGCCGAGAACUGGAAGAAAGAAGAAGAAUGCAAGAUGCUUCCAAAUUCUGGGUGAUGGCUUUACGUGUCCCUCUGCGUGCUAUGUUACCAGUAACGGAUAUGGUGCAACAGGCCAUGGGUAGAAUCAUGAAUGUGAUUCCCCCACAACCGGAUGCAACCAGACCGAAACUGAUGAAUUUAAAAUUCGAACUGGUUCCGGAGGCAAAAAGUGCUUUUGUCUCGCUCUUACCUCUACGCCUGGAAGACGGUGAAACAAUCAAUAUAGACUUUGUUUGUCAACAUACGGCAUGGUGUGAUCGUUGCCGCUGGUGGUUUCAUACGGUGACAGACGGCUGCCCGAAGCUUACACGGCAGGAAGACGAGCAGCGACAAAGAGCACCAUCAUCGGACCAUUAUUCGGCAAGAAUGAGGCAGGAACCAAGCGUAGCAGCACAGGGAGGAAUACGAGAGGCGGCACGAGACUUACCAAUCGAGAUAACUUCAGAAGCCGUAGUCGAAUCGUCCUUGAGAGGGGGCAGAGGUGGAGGUCAACGCAGAAGGUCAUCUCCGGCCAUUUCAGCGGCGACAGGACAGCCAGUGUUCGGCAACCAAUCACAGUCCGCAGUCCCUUUCCAGGCGCAAUACACCUCAGGAGGACUUCAUCCACCAGCUCACCAGGCAACACCAUCUAAUUGGGGAGCGUCAGGAUUUAUGCCCCUGGGAAAUCUACAGCUGCCACGGUCACAGUCAGGACAAGAUGCAAGAGGUGAUCCGCAAGGAAUGUCGUCGGGAGUGCCAACGUCAAGGGAACUGACGACAGUUUUUGAAGACGGUCAGGGAGGAGCCCAGAGCGGUGGAUCUCGACUUGUUGAUCGGAGGGUGCGGCUUCCAAGAGGAGACGGGAUUAGAAGAGACGAGAGAUCGGCGUGCUCUGAAGAAGUUCGCAGCCUGAAGCCCCGACCACAACAAGAGAGAGUAGAGUCAAGCGACUCGGAGGAGGAAUCGGAUGCAGGCAACGGAGGGGGUACAAAAGACGAAGAAGCAAGAUCACUGGUAGAUAUUCAUGAAGGAGCUGAUGCGAGGGCAAGGGACGAUGCUGACAUGGAGACGAACUAUCUUUUGCCACUGGUUUGUACGCUUCGAAGGGGUGAAAUUUUUGUAGUAGGUCUCAGAUCAGUUGAGAACCAAUUGAGCCUUCCUGUUAGCAGUAUCUCCGAACUUCCCUCAUGCUCUUCUGUAGUAGAGAGGGUGUCGAGCUUGUUUGCUUAGAGAUUCAUGUUUCGGAUUUUUCCGGAGGAUCGCUUAACCGGGUUGAGAGUGGAUCUGCCCCAAGGAGGGAGUAUCAGGUACUCUGUGGCCUUAAUUGACGCUCGGUUGGAACCGAAUCAAUGGCAAGGGUUGUGCAACGUAGGUUUAUUUGCAAUCCGGUUGAGGAUUCUAUUGGCGGAUCAUCAGAAGGAGCUAGAGCAAGUGAGUGUAGAACCCAAUCAGACAACUUCCUUCUUACUGAAUCUGAACGGGGCAAUGCUAAGGAGAAGGAAUUUGACGUCAGCCUACUUUGCGGAGGUUCUCAGCACCAGAUGGCCUGAUGCACUCUUCAAUCAAGGACAAAUGCAAUC